GGGCGGAAGCGCUCCUGGAGGAGCCAUGGAGGCCGAAAUAUUAAAGUUCAUCUGCGCUAAUCAAGGAGCUGUUGAUGCUGACGAGUUGAUGUUCAACCUUUUCCCAGGGGAGUCCACGACUGAGUUGAUUUCCAACCAUAGCAAGUUUACCUUGUGUUCCAGUAAAGGGAAGCAGAGAGUGGUGGCCAGGACCAGCCUGAGACUGUGCAGGAAGAAAGACUGUCCGGGGACGUGCGAGGGUCUACACCUGUGUAGAAACUUCCUCUUCUCCGGCUCCUGUCACUUCCUACAAAGAAGAGGCUGCAGUUUCCCCCACGUUCUGAACUCUGACUACAACCAACGGCUGCUGGAAGAACAUGAGCUGCAGGGCCUGAGCAGGGCGGAGCUGUGUACGCUGCUGCUGCAGAGUGACUUCACCAUGCUGCCUCCUAUAUGUUUUGAUUACAAUAACGGUGAUGGAGUAUUUGGCCGGUGUGCGAGCGGUGUAGAUUGUGAAAGACUCCACAUCUGCGAGAAGUCCCUGACCCAAAGCUGCAGCUGCUCCAGGGCCCACGACUUUACUGCUUUUCAGCCGAAGAAGAUCCUGCAUGAUAAGAUGGUGCCCGACGACAUGCUUCGCUCGUUGAGGUCCGUUUACUUGAAUCGAGAAGCGUUGAGGUACUAUAACAGAGGCGAAGCUGGUAGGGGUCACAGGGGCAACGGCAGCUCCAACGAUGGGCCGAAUUCAAGUCGCAGGCCGGGCUACAGAGGGAGAGGUGGCAAUAGGGGCAACCGGGGGCCCAGAGGUAGAGGUAUGAGGGGCAGCAGGGGCAAUAGAGGAAACUCCAGACAGCAAGAAACAGCCACCCCUAGUGACCUCUUGGGGGACCUUGAUUGGUGGGCUACUGUCACUGGAGACAAACUUUCUGAAACCAAGAGUGAGCAAGGAGAUUUCAGGUCAUCCAGCAGUGACGUCUCUGCUGCUGGCUACGACUUCGAUUCAAGAAGUGACUGUGGUUUCAAUACGGAGCAGAGGCAGUGGAACCGAGGGAGAGGGAGAGCUGCCCACAGGGGGUUCAGAGGAACCAGGGGCCCGAGGGGAAGCAGAGGGGGCAGCGGAAACGGAGGUAACGACCUCACGCAGCUUCGAAGCACGUCCUUUGGUGACAUCUGGGGUGAGUUCAGUGGCUUGAACCUGCACACCCAAAGCAAGAGUCCCCCGCCAAGUUUUAAUUCGUCAAACAGUGACGUCUCUGCUGAUGACUCCGAGGCGAGCAGCAAUAGGAGGAAAAAGCGCAGUCGAAAUCGCAAUCAGACUUCAGCGAAUAAAGGGAGAGGCGGCAACCAACCAGGGAUGCGAAGGGCGUCCGACGUCAAUGAAGUGAUUGGUGCUGCUGGUGGUCAAGAAGGAAAUGGAGCAGAUGACCAGAAAGGCAGACAAAGAAACAAACCUGUCAAAGAUAAAACCGAGAUAUGCAUGUACUUCAUUAAAGGCUACUGCAAGCAUGAUGACAAAUGUUUUAAAGCUCACGACAAGAUGCCGUACAGAUGGCAGGUCCAGGAAGGAGGCCAGUGGAACGCCUUGCCUGAUAACGAGACAAUCGAAAAGGAAUACUGUGAUCCCAGCAAUUCGUACAGCAGCGGCAGUCCGCCUGUUCAUUUUGACACCAUGACACGUGGAGGGAACAAAGUGCGACGGCUCACUACGGUGAACUCUUUGGUUGAGCCGACCUUCAUUCACACCACAGAGUGGCUCUGGUACUGGCAGGACGAGUUUGGAAAGUGGAACAUGUACGGUUCAGAUAGCGCCAGAGGGAAAUCAUCAGAUAUCAGAAGUGAAACUCUGGAGCAGAAGUUUCUGGACAAUGAGAGCGAAGUGGAGUUCUCUGCUGGCUCCCAGUCUUAUUCUCUUAGUUUCCAGGACAUGAUUCAAACUAAUAGGCAUUAUGGUACUAAGAGGCUUGUGAGCAGACGUCCUGUGUUCGUCUCUGCCGCUGAUGUCCGAACCAAGAAAGUGAGAAAGCCUGCAGCAAAUUCUUCUCCCAUGCCAGACCACUGGGACAAGGCGCACAUCCCUCCAACAGGAUUCUCGAGAGUUGCCGUCCCGCGCACUUCGGAUGAAUUUCAAAAGAUUGAAACACUUUUUCGAACAACCUUGAGAGGCUUCGAUAUUAUGAAGCUAGAGAGGAUUCAGAACAAGGCGCUCUGGGAAGUCUUUCAGUGGCAAAAGACUCAGAUGAAGAACAACAACAGCGGACGUGAGGUGGAAGAAAAGCAACUUUUUCAUGGGACUGACUCGAAACACAUUGGCGCCAUUUGUCUCAACAACUUUGACUGGAGGAUCUGUGGAGUUAAUGGAACAGCUUAUGGCAAAGGAAGCUACUUUGCUCGGGACGCUAAAUACUCCCACAGCUACACUGGUGACUCUGAUGUCAAAACCAUGUUUGUGUCUCGUGUCCUGGUGGGCAGCUACACAAGAGGGGACUCCAGCUACGUCCGACCUCCUUCCAAAGACGGUGGAGACAUAAACUUCUACGACAGCUGCGUCAACGACAUCGCAAAUCCUUCCAUUUUUGUUGUCUUUGAGAAGCACCAGAUCUAUCCUGAGUACCUGCUGACGUACAAGACCACACACCCGCUGGUUGACAUAAUUAGUAGUACAUCAGCACAGCAACUAAAACCAGUGAUUGCUCCUACGCCAGUGCAUCAACCUAGUAUGCCAUCGAAACAAACCAACACAUCAACAUCACAUCAACCCACUACGGCGUUGAAUCAAACCAUCUCUUCAUCACACCAAUCCAGUGCGACAUCAUAUCUAACCAGUUCAUCAUUGUAUCCACCCACUACGGCGUCAAAUCAAACCGUCUCUUCAUCAUAUCAACCCAGUGCGGCGUCAAAACAAACCAGUUCAUCAUCACAUCAACCCACUACGGCGUUGAAUCAAACCAUCUCUUCAUCACAUCAAUCCAGUGCGGCAUCAUAUCUAACCAGUUCAUCACUGUACCCACCCACUGCGGCGUCGAAUCAAACCAUCUCUUCAUCAUACCAACCCAGGGCAACGUCGUAUCCAACCCGUUCAUUGUCGUAUCAACCCAGUACAACCUCUUCACUGUACCAAACCAGACAUGAUUCCCAACGCACCAUGUCUUCCCGAACGUCCCCGUCAAAGCCGACCAAAAAAAAUGAUUCCUGUGUCAUAGCCUAAGCACAGCUGUGAAAUGGAAAAACGCCUUAACGGAUAAGGCAGUUCAGUGAGUUUUUUUUUUUUUUUAACAUUAGUCAAAAUAUGUCAGAAGGGGAAAUGAGCUUAAAAAAAUUCCACCCAUAUGUCUGAAAUACUCCAAAUACAGAAGGAUAAACAGAAAUACAUGCAAAGGCUAAAUUUACAGUUUAAUGAAAAUAUUUGAAAUGUUUUCAUUUUAAAUGAUCUAUUGCAGUGAUUUUUCAUUUAGUGCUUUAGUUUCCAUUGACAGGCCAACUCAGAGAAACAGAAUUGUUUUCUCUAGGUGGUUAGUCAUAUUUUAAUGAUUCUCUGUCACUCAAAGCCAGAGAAGGCUAAACUGCCGGUCUUUCAUUGUGACAUACACUUUGUAUGUGACGGGCAUCCAUCCAUCCAUCAGUGCCACAAAAACACAACUGUCACCACUGGUGUUUGCGUCCCAACUCCAGUGUGCUUUUUAAGGCUAAACAGUGAAUUCAAGAAAGAUACAGCGAUGGAAUCUUAUUCAGUCAACUCAAAAGCUAUUUGAGGUUUCUAAAAAGAUGCUCAUAAAGACAUCUUUUUUUUUUUUUUUUUACAAAUUUUUAUCCAGACAAAAACAUUACAAAUAAGCUACACUACCGAAGCUGUAGGUGACACUGUGAUGCUGCUACGAUAAAAACAAGCGUAGCAGUAAACACCAGAAGGCGACAUGGAGCAGGCGCAUAAAGCUUGUGCCAUGGAUCUAUUACAAUCGAUUUGAAAACAUUUAGUUUUG